GAAAAUUCACACAGUACAUCAUCACAUAGAAAGACAAUGCGAUAUCUUUCGUUCUACUUCCUAUCAUUCCAUACAGUACUCGCAUCCAACUAUAGCCUACCACAAACCCUAACCCGAGCUCCUCCAACACCAACACUCGAACAACGCGCAGGCACUAUUAUAGUCGUCACCGUAACAGUAACACCUUCAGCUGCGCCUGUAUCGCCCUCAUAUACUAAUCCAGAACUAUUCGAGUACGACAUCCUCAAUCAAACGAAUUACUAUCGUCGUCAACACAAUGCUACUGGUGUGAUAUGGAACGAUACACUGGCGACAUAUGCUAAACAAUGGGCUAAGCCAUGUAAUUGGAAACAUUCCGGAGGUCCCUACGGCGAAAACCUCGCAGAAGGCUAUAGCAAUGUCACAGCCGCGGUCGAUGCAUGGGCCAUCGAGAGUAAGAAAUACGACUACAAUCGUCCCACAGGCUUUAGUGAAAAGACGGGCCAUUUCACGCAGUUAGUCUGGAAGGCCACGACGGACGUCGGAUGUGGUCUUGCGGACUGUUCGGCGAAUCUGAAUGGUGAUAACGGUGGCAAGACUGGGAAAGCGGUUGGAUGGUUUCUGGUGUGUGAGUAUUGGCCGCCUGGGAAUGUAGUUGGUGAUCAUGAUAAAUAUUUCGAGGAAAAUGUUGAGCCAUUGGUUUCUUUGGGUACUUGGUUGAAAGUGAAUGUGUUUGAUGUUUGGCUCAUGAUUGUUUUUGCUGUAUUGAUUUUGACGUUUCUAUGA